GAAACCAACGCCUGGCUGGGAACAGCUGCUGCUGAGGUCUUUGGCCAUUGUCGCCUCCACCUGUCCACAAGCAUGGGGAAUAUCUUUGCAAACCACUUCAAGGGCCGUUUUGGCAAAAAAGAGAUGCACAUCCUCAUGGUGGGCCUGGAUGCUGCCGGAAAGAUGACAAUUCUGUACAAACUGAAGCUGGGGGAGAUCAUGACUACCAUCCCCACCAUAAGUUUCAACGUGGAGACUGUGGAGUACAAGAAUAUCAGCUUCACUGUGUGGGAUGUGGGUGGCCAGGACAAGCUCCGGCCGCUGUGGCACCAUUACUUCCAGAACACCCAAGGCUUGAUCUUCGUGGUGGACUGCAAUGACAGAGAGCGUGUCAGUGAGGCCCGUGAAGAGCUCAUGCGGAUGCUGGCAGAGGAUGAGCUCCGGGAUGCUGUCCUCCUGGUGUUUGCCAAGAAGCAGGACCUCCCCAAUGCCAUGAAUGCUGCUGAAAUCACAGACAAGCUGGGGCUGCACUCUCUACGCCACAGGAACUUAUUUAAUGUAAAUAGUUUGUGUUUCCACUGA